AACGUCUGACGUCAUCUACCUACGAGCACAAACACGGAACUAACGUGGAUUUUGGUGCUGCUCGAAUUAGCUACAUUAUAUGUAGUUAGUUAGUUAUAGUUUAUCUAAGUAAUGGAAAAGAUUCGUGCACGCUUAAAUAUCGGAAGCAAAGCAGAGCCUGUUAAACUGAGGAAACGAAAAUCCCAACUAUAUAGUAAAGAAGAAACAUGUCCCCUUGAUAAUGGUGUAUUGGGGGUCACUGUCUUCACUGUGGCAUUUCGUCUCAUCAACUGCUUCCUAGUCCAGACCAGCUUUGUCCCAGAUGAAUACUGGCAGUCCCUCGAAAUCGCUCAUCUUAUGGUUUUUGACUAUGGCUAUUUGACGUGGGAGUGGACAGCAGGUAUAAGAGGGUUCUCCUACCCUCUCUUCUUUGCAGCUAUAUAUAAGAUUUUGCACUUCUUCACCUAUGACGCAGUUCAACUCUUGUAUAUAUUGUGGAUUCUGCAGGUAUGGCUACCUCGAGUUGUGCAGGCACUGCUUUCUGCACUGGCUGAUAUUAAACUCUACUGUCUUAUCCAAUCACUGGAGCAUUCUGACGUUGCCAAAUGGACGUACCUCUGCCAGCUCUGUUCUUGGUUCACAUGGUACUGCUGCACCAGGACCCUGACCAACACCAUGGAGACCACACUCACAACUCUGGCUCUCUAUUAUUAUCCUCUGCCUGGCUCUAAAACACACAGCAGUACAAAAUAUUUGAUCCUGGUUGCCUUGGCAGUCAUUGUUCGUCCAACAGCCUUGAUUGUGUGGCUUCCUCUGUUGGUUUACCACUUCUGGCAGGAAGAUAACAAGCUGAAACUCAUAACUCACCUUUGCCUUCCCAUUGGGGCUUUAACUCUUGGGCUUUCGACAAUGAUUGACUGCAUUUUCUAUGGAAAGUGGACCCUGGUGCAGUACAACUUCCUUAAGUUUAAUGUUUUUCACAACGUGGCUGAGUUCUAUGGCUCUCAUCCAUGGCACUGGUACUUUACUCAGGGUUUUGUGGUCGUCAUUGGCCCUCAUCUUCCUUUCUUCCUGUAUGGAUGCACACUGGCUUCAAAAAGAUACAGAAUCAUGUUAAUAACAAUAGUCUGGACAGUAAUGGUUUACAGUUGUCUUGCGCACAAGGAGUUCAGAUUCAUCUACCCUGUUUUGCCUUUCUGCAUGGUAUUUUGUGGGAUAGCUUUGGUGAAUCUGAGAACCUGGAGACGGCCUGCCGCAUGUGCCUUAUUGGUCUCCAACCUAGUCCCAGCCCUGUACACAGGACUGCUUCACCAGCGAGGCACACUGGAUGUUAUGGGUCACCUCCAGACCCUGUGUGACGACAGAGAUCCUUCAACACCUCCACUGCCUGAAGUCCUCUUUCUAAUGCCCUGUCACUCUACACCUUUCUACAGUCACAUCCACUGUCCAAUGAAGAUGCGUUUCCUAGAAUGUCCACCAGAUCUCACAGGAGACAAGCGCUAUGUCGAUGAAGCUGAGAGAUUCUUCGCUGAUCCUCAUCAUUGGUUGAGGACCUCAUUUCCUUAUAAGUCAAUGCUGCCAACCCACCUCGUGUUCUUUGAUGUUUUGGAAAUGGAGCUCUCUGCAUUCUUGGACAGGAAUAGAUUUAUGAGAAGUAGAGAAAUAUUCCACACUCACGUUCCUGAAGGCCGAGUUGGAAAAAGCGUCCUAGUUUAUCAAAGGCACUGAAGAGAAUGAGAAUACAUUUUUAAGAAGCAAAGAUUUUCCCCAUACUCAUGUAUCUCAAGGACAAGUUUGAAGAAGGAUCCUAGUUUACAAAAUGCACUGAACAGAACCAUCUUGACCAUUGGCACGAGCCAUUGGGAAGUUAAUCAAAAUGAAUCUGUAUUGUAAAGGAAUAAAUUAUAAUUAAAACUGAA